AUGAUGCUAGCAGGUCGAAAUGUCAGCAACUUUGACAAAAAAAGUGUUAAGCUGAUCUCGCCCCGUCUUUUCCCCCUUGUUCCUGAAGGAACCGACGAUGAAGCACUCAGUCUUCUUUCGCCGUCACUACUUGCGUUGCACGAUGAAGGUAAGGGGCUGGAAGAUGCUCUAAGUCUAGCCAAGGCGAUGAAGUACUUCGAUGAACAAGGACAUCAGGAAUGGCUGAACUUUGUCAUCGAGGCCUCUGGCGUCUCCGAUGCCGUUUCUAAAAUUCGGGACGUGAGCAGAGCUGAAGACGGUCGACGGAUGGAUGAGGGAUUCCGAAAUGACAGUCGACGGAUGGAUGAGGGAUUCCGAAAUGAAAAGGGUCAACCGCUCUACUUCACCAAGGAAAAUAUAACGGAGAUGUUCGGCAACAGUGAAGGCAGCAAAAUCGAGCUUCUCGAAAAGUUGCAGAAAUCUCUGAGCUCCAACCAGACAAAGCGACAACAUCGCUGCGUAGUAUAUUGUGACAUUUGCUUCAACUCGUGUUGGGUUAUGAGUCUAUUCAGGGUCGUUGAGGAUCCCCAACGUGAGACGUGCUCUGGAACUAGAACUCUCGAGCAAACGUGA